CCAGUGCCGGUAGUUGCGGAGCUCGGAGUCGGUGUCUGUGGAGCCCGACUGGCGGGGAGGAGGCGGGGCUUCUGUCUGGCGGAGGUGGACGCGCACACACGCCGCAGAGGGUAACUUUCCUGUACCGGCUCUCGUGCUCUCUUUAAGUCACUUGGAAGUGUGGCCAUUGGGACAGUUUUGUCGUUCCGUUUAGAAAACGUCUUUUCUUUGGUUAUACAAGGGCAGGUUUCAGGGCGGUGGCUCUGUCAUGCCGAACUCGCGGCCCAGGCCCCGUCGGGGUGCCCGGAGUGGCGCCGGGGCAGCCGGGCGGGACGAGCUCGUGUCGCGGUCCUUGCAGAGCGCAGAGCACUGCCUGGGCGCCCAGGACUUCGGCACGGCCUAUGCCCACUACCUCCUGGUACUCAGCCUGGCACCGGAGCUGAAAGACGACGUGAAGGAAACUUUUCAGUAUACACUGUUCAGAUGGGCUGAAGAGCUUGAUGCUCUCAGUCGAACACAAGACUUACUUGGUUGUUAUGAGCAAGCUUUGGAACUGUUUCCUGAUGAUGAAGUGAUUUGCAAUAGUAUGGGGGAGCAUCUCUUCAGAAUGGGCUUUAGAGAUGAAGCAGCUGGGUAUUUUCAUAAAGCAGUGAAGCUAAAUCCUGAUUUCAGUGAUGCAAAGGAGAAUUUUUAUCGUGUUGCAAACUGGUUAGUGGAACGCUGGCACUUUAUCAUGCUUAAUGACACCAAAAGGAAUAUGAUUUAUAACGCAGCAAUCCAAAAUGCAGUUUGUUUGGGGUCCAAGAGUGUUUUGGACAUUGGAGCAGGAACUGGAAUUCUAAGCAUGUUUGCUAAAAAAGCUGGAGCACACUCGGUAUAUGCUUGCGAGUUAUCCAAGACCAUGUAUGAACUUGCCUGUGAUGUAGUGGCAGCAAACAAGAUGGAAGCAGGAAUCAAACUCUUACAUAUGAAGUCACUUGACAUAGAAAUUCCUAAACACAUUCCUGAAAGAGUGUCCCUAGUUGUAACAGAAACUGUCGAUGCAGGUUUAUUUGGAGAAGGAAUUGUGGAGAGUUUAAUUCAUGCAUGGGAGCAUUUACUUUUGCAGCCAAAGACCAGAGGUGAAAAUGGUAAUUGUGAAAAGUAUGGGAAAGUUAUACCAGCAAGUGCUGUGAUAUUUGGGAUGGCAGUAGAAUGUGCAGAGAUAAGAAGACAUCAUAGGGUGGGUACUAAGAAUGUUGCUGGGAUCUGUUUACCAACAAAUGUGAAAUUUCAGAGUCCAGCUUGUUCUUCUGUAGAUGCUGAAGAGACAGUUGAACCAUAUACAACUGAAAAGAUGAGUCGAGUUCCUGGAGGAUAUUUGGCUUUGACAGAGUGCUUUCAAAUUAUGACAGUAGAUUUCAACAAUCUUCAGGAAUUAAAAAGUCUUGCAACUAAAAAACCUGGUAAAAUUGGUAUUCCUGUUAUUAAAGAAGGCAUACUAGAUGCUGUUGUGGUUUGGUUUGUACUCCAGCUUGAUGAUGAACACAGUUUAUCCACAAGUCCUAGUGAGGAAACAUGUUGGGAACAGGCUAUCUACCCUGUACAUGACCUUGCAGACUACUGGAUAAAACCUGGGGACCAUGUGAUGAUGGAAGUGUCUUGUCAAGAUUGUUACUUAAGAAUCCAGAAUAUCAGUGUUUUUGGUUCGGAACAUGAAGUGGGUGCUGGAAAAAAUUUUACCCAGGAUAAAGACUUGAUGUCUUUAGGAGGGGAGGCUGAACUCUGUAAUGCCCUGGCUAACCUUCAGACCAGUAAACCAGAUGCUGUGGAGCAGACAUGUAUAUUGGAAUCCACAGAAAUUGCUUUGCUUAAUAACAACCUCUAUCAUGAAGGCUUUAAAAUGGCAAUGAGAAGAGUGUUGUCUUCGUUGACUCCAGAGAAACUGUGUCAGGCCAUGGACACUCAGUGUCAGAAUGAGAUGAGCUGCGGAAAUGAAGAGAGUAAUUCUGAAGAGAGCAUCCCUGAACCUUUCUAUGUGUUAGAUGUGUCUGAAGGCUUCUCUGUUCUGCCCUUAAUUGCUGGCACACUUGGGCAGGUUAAACCUUACAGUUCUGUGGAGAAAGACCAGCAUCGUAUCACCCUGGACCUCAUAUCUGAAGCCAAUCACUUUCCUAAAGAAACACUCGAGUUUUGGUUGAGACAUGUGGAAGAUGAAUCUGCUGUGUUGCAAAGGCCAAAAUCAGACAAGCUGUGGAGUAUAAUUAUAUUGGAUGUCAUUGAGCCAUCUGGGCUCAUUCAGCAGGAAAUAAUGGAAAAAGCAGCAAUAUCCAGGUGUUUGCUACAAUCUGGAGGCAAGAUCUUUCCUCAGUAUGUGCUGAUGUUUGGGUUGCUUGUGGAAUCACAGACACUGGUAGAAGAGAGUGCUGUUCAAGGAACAGAACGCACUCUUGGAUUAAAUAUAGCACCUUUUAUUAAUCAAUUUCAGGUACCUAUACGCGUAUUUUUGGAUCUUUCCUCAUUGCCCUGUAUACCUUUAAGCAAGCCAGUGGAACUCUUAAGACUAGAUUUAAUGACUCCAUAUUUGAACACCUCUAACAGAGAAGUAAAGGUACACAUUUGUAAAUCUGGACAAGUGACUGCCAUUCCCUUUUGGUAUCAUAUGUACCUUGAUGACGAGAUUAGGUUGGAUACUUCAAGUGACGCCUCCCACUGGAAACAAGCUGCAGUUGUUUUAGAUAAUCCCAUCCAGGUGGAAAUGGGAGAGGAAUUAGUACUAAAUGUCCAGCACCACAAAAGCAAUGUCAGCAUCACAGUAAAGCAGUGAAGAGCAGUUUUCUAAUGAAAAACUGUCCAGGUAGAGCAGCAAGUACACAGUUCUGGUCUGAAUUAGUAGUGGGAUUGUAAUCAUAAAAUGGGGAUACGUGUAAAGAUUUAAUUCCUUGUAAUGGUCAAAUAUUUUUUUUUAAAUUAAUAAAGUAUAUUUAAAAGAUUCUAAAGAGGAGCAUUAUUACAAAGAUACUGCUGCAGACUUCCUUUCCAAAAAAGGCUGUCAUUAAUUUUUCAAGUUAGCGAAGUUUGUUUUUAUUGCUUGGUUAUACUUAAAAUGGUUUCAAUUUUGUUUAAUAGAACUUUAGUCUACACUCUAAAGCUAUAAAGAUAAGGGAUUUGAGUCCCAUCUUCAUUGUCCUGUGCCAGUAAGUAAGGCAAAACUUUUAAUUUUUAAGGCAUCUUGGCUUUUUUUAAGUCUAAACUUCUUAAAUGGGAUACAUCAGAAAGUUGGGGCUUCCACUAAAGACUGAGGGUUAUGGUUACCUGUAAAUUCCAAGCUUGCUUCUUUUAAAUACCGUACUUUUGAAACUCCUUGGGUUUUUGUGUUUUGAGAAUGCAAACUUUUGAAUUAAGAAUUUAAGCUAUCAGCUGAAUUUGUUGAGAGAGUAAAAGUUAGGGAUGAAGUAAAAUCUCUAAGAGGCAGCAUUUUUCCUGGUCUACUUUGGCAAAGAAAAUUAAACUGGUAAAUUCAAGAAAGCGCUAAACCUAAACCAGUUUUUUUAAAGUUUUGAUCUGGAUGCGCAGUAAGAAAUAUAUAAUAAUUGGCCCAAUUUUUAAAGACUUGCAACAGGGAGAUUAAUAAGGAAGAUUAUCGUGCCUUGUAUAUACUGUGUGCUCUUUUUAAGUAAGCCACAAAGAAAAUAAGAUGCACCUUCUCUCUACAUUGCCUAUUCUCAUUGCCUCUAGUAUUAUACUACCCUGCUUUACCUUCAAUAGAAAUGUUUGUAAGAGUGGACGGAAUAAAGACUUUGCAUCUAAUUACUGUGAA